CUUUCCCGCCUGCUCCCGCUCAAAUCCUCGCACUCUCCCUUUCUCUCUCUCUCUCUCUCUAGUCCGCAAUGGCGCCCAAGGCUGAGAAAAAACCCGCAGAGAAGAAGCCAGCAGAGAAAGCUCCGGCCGAGAAGAAGCCAAAGGCUGAGAAGAGACCGCCGAAGGAAGGGUCGGCUACGGCAGACAAGAAGAAGAAGAAAAACAAGAAGGGAACCGAGACCUACAAGAUCUACAUCUUCAAGGUGCUGAAGCAGGUCCACCCUGACAUCGGCAUCUCCAGCAAGGCCAUGGGCAUCAUGAACAGCUUCAUCAACGAUAUCUUCGAGAAGCUCGCACAGGAGUCUUCCAAGCUUGCUCGCUACAACAAGAAACCCACCAUCACCUCUCGCGAGAUCCAGACAGCUGUUCGCCUCGUUCUUCCUGGAGAAUUGGCUAAGCACGCUGUCUCUGAGGGUACCAAAGCCGUCACUAAAUUCACCAGUUCUUAGAUCAUAAUUGUCUAUGGGUUUUGGGGUUUCGAUCUAACUUCUAGUUACAUUUUGAUUCUAUUUCUAAUGUUCUGGGGAUCGAUUGCUUGGCUUACUGUAAAUCUUCAUUUUCCUCCCCAAUGUAGAGAGUAUUUCACUUCGUCUUCUCU